AGGAGUGACUGAAGAGAAAAAUUCACAGCAGAACCACGUCGCUUGCCUUGAACGUCGAUUCAAGACAAAAUGGAACACCUGUGACGUUCCAUUUAUGAAGUCCCAAAGAAUGGCGAACAGAGGAAGACGCAUGAAACAGUUGGAUGUAAUCUUCGCUGCUCUCCUGAUCCAGGGACAUUGCAUCACCGUAGCCAAGUCAAAAUUGGCUUGUCACGAUGUGUUCCUGUCAGGCGCUAACCAGACGCUGACGAUCUCAAGCGACAAGUGGGAAGCCAACACCCCACCUUCUCAUUUUUCCCACGAGCACUACUGCUGGAACGUAACGACUCUCGACCAUCUCCAACUGAGGAUGCUUUGUCAGUACGACAUGUGCUUUGGUGAAUUCAGGCUAAGCCUCUUUACGCCGGAAUUCGACGAGCGUUCGUGGUGUCCUCCGUCGACUCCGAGUGACACAUUCUCAUCCAGAAACGCCUUGCUGGUUGAGCUGAUGGUGAUGACAUUUAAGCCCACUCCGCCUUGCGAGAUCCGAUCAGUGCCUGAUACCAACGAACUGGCGUGUGGUCCUUCCAAUAUCAACUUCACUGGCGAAUACCUUGUCAACGUCACCAAUCGUAACAAUCGUUUCUUGUACUGUGUUUGGCGGGUUAGCAGCAACUCUCUUGGCGAGUUCAUUACCUUCGACGUUCUUGACAUUAACACAACGUUCACAAGUUUUUCGGCCGUUCUUUUGGGAACCGGGCUCGACAUUCACAACGGGUCAUCCCUGGUUCACAGCAUCAGCGAGGGCCACGCACGUGGAACCUCUUAUUACGUGCCCGGAUCACACAUCUGGAUGGUUCUCAGGUCACACCCACGUGACGUACAAGACGGCCCGCCCACCCUCAGGAUUCUCCUGCGGUCUAUUAAUGGCACAGAUGAAGCAGGUGUGUUUCAAUGUGGGGCGGGACAGAUGUUGUGUGAGCUGGACCUCAAGUGUCUGCCGCAACACGUGGUAUGCAACGGCAAGGUCGACUGCUCUGAUUUUUCGGACGAAAGAUUGAGCUGUGACUUUUGUGGUUCUUCAAACAUUUCUAUACAACACGGUGAGCCGGUGACCAUCUUGGCUGAUUUCGAGAAGAGACCUACCGCAUUUUUUGCAAUAUACCCGGGCUUUUCCCCUUCCAUUCCUGUCAAUAGCACCUCGUUCGAAAGGGUUGUUGCUAACCAUACCGGCGAGCCGUGGCAGUUCCCCGAGUGUGUCUGGAGACUUGCAGGGCCGGAGGGCGUCCGGAUUCACGUGGAUGUAGUCGAAGCCGAAGGACACCGGUUGCUACUGACAAUCUGGGACAGUCUCGACCCCGAAAGUCGACUGUUGGUAAUCGAUAGUGAAACUGGCAUCGCGCCCUUGCCUCGCACUGUGUUUUCCAGUGGCACUGAAAUCUGGGUAACCUCACAGGAGUCGAAGCCAAGUGUCUCAUGGAGGAGACUGAAGAUUAGGUUCAUCGUUUCAGCGUAUUACGCUACAGAAUGUGACGACGAACAGUAUACUUGUCCAUCUGGACGAGGUUGUUUGGAGGACAUCUCGUACAAGUGCGAUGGAACACGAGACUGCUCUGCAAGUGGAGACGAGCUAGGAUGUGGCAACUGUGACCCAAAGGAAUUCCUCUGUUCGUGGAGAGGUGAAUGCGUUUCGGGUUAUAAAUUGUGCGACGGAAAAGCUGAUUGCCAGGACUAUUCGGAUGAACUACUGUGUGGAUUUUGUGGUAACGAGACAAUUCACAUGCAGCCCAGCCUAACAUACUUUGUUGAACAUCACCACGUCACCACGCAGUGCUUGUGGAUAAUCGUUGCCCAGACUGGGUACCAGAUACAGGCCAGAAUUCUGGAUACUGCUUACUGCAAGAUUACCUUUGGUGCGGGUUCCCGUCUCCAUAGCGGAUCCCAAGGCGAAGUCGGGAACCGCGCUGUCAGAACUGUCGACAACAUGUUGUCAGGCUCGCUGGGCAUGAACAAGGCUUCGGCGUUUCCGAGAUCAUUGUCGGUCAACGCGUCCAAAAUGUGGAUAUCAAAUGAAUGCCAUCAGGAUCCCUACAAGGACACUGAAACUGAAACCCUGAACAUAUCCGCCCGGCAGUACGCUCCUGUUAAGUGCUCAGAAAAGGAGUUCGCUUGUUUGUCUGGCCUAGCCUGCAUUGAUCAGGUUUCUGUUUGCGAUGGGAUGGCAGACUGCCCGGAAUAUUCUGAUGAGUUUGGCUGCGGAGAAUGCCUUCCAACUGAAUUUUCCUGUUUGUCAGGAGAAUGCAUUGCUUCCAACAAAAAGUGUAAUGGGUGGCAAGACUGCACGGACCUUUCAGACGAAUUUGAUUGUGAUCCAUGCGAUGAGUCCUUCCGUGACCUGUCUAGCAACAGCAUCGCAGUAAUCACCUCACCAGGCUGGAAUGAGGACUACCGGUACCCAAACAGGGCCCAAUGUCUUUGGAAUCUGGUAGCAGAUGUGGGGAAUCGUAUAGUGCUCACAUUCCUUGAAUUCUCCUUGGAGGAAGGCUAUGACUACCUCUACAUAGGAAAUGGAAAUGGGUCCAUUGACUACUUUAUUAAAGUAACGGGGGAGCGUUUUCCACGUAGCGUUGCUUCAAGGGGAAACACAAUGUUUGUAAAAUUCUUCUCGGACGAGAUAAUUACAGAUGAGGGAUUUCGGCUUUGGGUUCAACAAAAGGCAGCUGACGAAGUUUCCUGCGAAGAUGAGUAUCUCAAGUGUGAUAGAGAGGAUCACAUUUGUGUGCAGAACGACACGUCCGAAUACGGUCACCUGAUGUGUUAUCAGGAUAUUUGUGGGCCACGCAGUCUUUAUGUCUGGCACUAUCCGGUCCCUCUCGAGUCCCCUGGCUAUCCGUCAAACUACCCAUGGGGUAUCUACUGCGUCUGGAACAUCACGUCCAGCAAAUCCAAGUCCAUCCUGGUGACUAUACUGGAUUUCCAGACCGAGCGGUCCAAGGAUGUCGUUGAAGUCCGAGGCAGCACCUUGCACGGAGGCCAAGGGAUGGUGUUCGAGCUCCGGGGAACGAGCAAAGUGCGCACAAUGGUGUUCAACUGCAGCUGGGCCCUGGUGUAUUUUGCCUCAGACAAGACCGUGUCAUUUCAGGGUUUUCGCCUGCAGAUUCUUGCCAACUUCUCAGCAAACAAUGAAACGUCCUGCCCGGAUUCGGACCUCUUCGACUGCGGUGAUGGGUCGUGCGUUUCACCAAAUGCUAGAUGUGACGGGUUUCAGGACUGCCAAGUGGAUGGGUCAGAUGAGAUCGGCUGUGAUAAAAUUCAAUGCUCGGACUUUUUCCAGUGUGCAAAUUCAAAUCGUUGCAUACACUGGCACAACGUGUGUGACGGGGAACCCGAUUGCCCAGCUGCUGACGAUGAGACCAACUCCGAAUGUGGAAAGCGUUGCCCGGAAGGUUGUGAUUGCGACGUCGUCACUGACAGCGUACAAUGCAGGCAUGGCUGGAGUCAGACCACGAUUGCAGACAUAGUUCAAAGGACACAGACCCUCUAUCUCUCAGGUGGAAACUACAGCGUUCUCAACAGGGGCAUGUUCAAGAACUUGUCAAACCUUAAAGGGCUGUGGUUGCCUCAAAAUAAUAUAACUGUCAUCUUAAACGGUACCUUUGACGGUCUCCAAAAUUUGACGCUGUUAGAUAUAUCUGAAAAUUCAAUCUCAACAAUUGGCUCUUUCGUAUUUAGCGAGCUGGAGAAUCUGGACGCCCUAAUUGCCAGGAACAUCUUUUUUGAUGAGAUACAAAGUGAGGCAUUCAACGGACUUGCAGAAUUGAGAACGCUAGUUUUGACAAGAGGCGUGCCAUUGAACCCCUCGAAACCUGUUGGCAUUAGGAAGAAUGCAUUGAGCGGUCUCAAGAAACUAAAAGACCUGUACGUUGACAACUACCGGUUAUGCUGCGAUUUUGUUGCGUCAGUUAAUGGUUUUGAAUUAGAGAACUGCAAGACUACUGAGGCCAUGCCUCCACUGAACCUCUGUGGAAAUCUAAUGCAAAACAAACUCUUGCGUGUUGCUAUGUGGGUUCUGGGCCUAAGCGCUCUCAUCGGCAACGCGGUGGUCAUAGUUUGGAGGUGUUGCCAAGGAAAAACAAAUGGAGGAAAGAAGAGAUAUUCAUUCUUGGUGCUCAACUUAGCAAUUUCUGACUUCAUGAUGGGGGUGUACAUGUUGAUAAUUGCGGGGGCUGAUGUGUAUUUUGGUGAGAAGUACUCCAGUGUACCGAGCGAGUGGCGGUCGAGUCCGGUCUGCAAGAUAGCCGGGGUGAUCUCAGUUCUAUCCAGCGAAGCCUCGGUGUUCUUUGUAACUUUGAUUAGCAUCGAUAGCUUCUUAUCAAUCGUUUUCCCCUUCAGUGGGGUCAGAUUCCGGGAGAAAUCGGCCACAGGCUUGGUUCUGACCAUAUGGAUAGCUGCUUUGAGUCUGAGCAUUUGGCCUACCAUCCUCACCAGAGAUGACUCUAAUGUUUACGGUCUAUCGGACGUUUGUAUCGGUCUCCCCCUGUUGACUAAACCGGAGAGUUACAUUGUCCAAGAGGCCGACAUAAGAAAUCCCCUGGGUUCUUACACAGUUGCCGUGCAAAUUGGACAAGGCAGUCAGCCAGUUUGGACCUAUUCCAUUGUCCUGUUUCUGGGUGUCAACAUGGUGUGUUUUCUUAUUGUCCUUUGCUCCUAUGUUGCCAUAUUUGUCAAGGUCAAGCGCACAGCUAAAAGGGUCCGAAAAACCGCGCACCGUAGUCGUGAGAUCAAGAUGGCUGCUAAGAUGGCGCUGAUAGUGGGUACGGACUUUGCCUGUUGGAUGCCGGUGAUCAUUAUUGGGAUUUUGUCCCAGUCAGGGGCGGUGCACAUUGGCCCAGAGGCGUAUGCCUGGUUUGUUGUCUUCGUCCUUCCCAUCAAUUCAUCUUUAAACCCGUACAUUUACACGCUCAUUACCGCUGCAUCUGAGUACCUGCAGGCCAGGGCCGUGCGUGAGGAGAAGUUGAAGCUCAUAAACGAGAUGAAAACAAGGUCAAUGGAAACCCUGCCUUCAACUGGUUUGGACACUGCACUAUCAUGAAACUAACUGCCAUGAAAACAAGUAAGCAUCCAGCAUCAAAAUUGUACUACCGAUCAACAUUUGGUCAGUUAUUAACGGAUUGUUCCAAAAGUGCUGUAUCAAUAUUGACGUAAUUUCUUUGGACCUUCAGAAAAGUACCUUGAUUCUUGUAAGAUAUUCGUUGUAAUGUUUCAUCAUAAUUUUUUCUGUAAUAGUCAAAGUAACUAUCCAGCAGCUCACUUUUUUUUCUUUUUGCAAUUGGUGUUGGUAUACUGCAAUAUGUUUUUCUUUUUAUUUUGUAUGUAUUUUCUCAAUGACAAUGAUAUAAUGGCAGACAGCGUGGGGAGUUCAGUUUUGAACAGCUUUAUUGGGAAUCCAAUCCUGUAUUGUGGAAAAGGUUAACACAGUGAAACGAAAUAAAAUCAGACUUUAGUUAGCUUUCUGUCUGAAGAUAGUCUAAAUAAAUUUUUAAAAGGUAACAGAUGCAAGAAAAUCUCCCCAGGGUAUUAUUCUUCACUCAAAACUACAAUAAUGAUCACACUUGUUCUGUAGAUUGCCUUGUCUCAGCCUCAUCAUUCACCUGUAGACUCUGAACCACAUCGGCCUGGGACAUUUUUAGCCCCCUGCGGCAUGUAUAGGUCAGGGGAACGCUCUACCGAUAGAUGUUUGUGCUUCCAGAUUCCCGGAUUUGAAACCAUGAAAUUAACACAAUUGGUUUCCCCUUGCAAAUAAAUGUGAGCUCUCUUAUGACACGCUAGUUUUAAAUCAGGUUUUUGCAAAUGCAGACUUCAGUGAACCACAUAUAAUGUACAGGGGACGUUGGAUAUACGCUUAUUGUUUCUAAGGUGGUACUUAAACGCUUAUCCCAGUUACAUUACAGAAAAUAGUAUGCCGUAUGGUUAACCGCUCGCCUUAGUAUCGUAAGGCUGCGUGUGCUUAGAUAUAACUGUGGCUGCGUCUCGGCGCAAUGAUAAAAGCUUUGUAAAAAUGCUUUGUGCGAGGUGAAGACUUCUUGAAAUUUCGAAUAAAACUUGGAGCCAAUAAAAGUACCCAAUGAUGCAAGAUCGGAAAUCCUGGGCUUGUAUAUUCUUGAACCGGGAAACAGCCCUGAAGGCACUUGGUAAAAGGAGGACAUUUUGUGGGUAACGAUGGAAGAAGAAAAGAAAAUGCUUGGACAGUUUGACAUUGUUAUUAUUUGGGGGCCCCUGAGCCUUUUAUUCGUUAUUUAUCUUAAAUAUAUAGUUGGUGUUCAUAUAGUUUUACCUUGAGUAACAGUAAACAAAUUGAUUCAUCCAUUUUGUCUCCUAUUUGCGAAUCUUGUAAUGUAAUCAGCUAUUAUGUUGUUUUAGCCUUCACAUUUUAAAAGUAUCCUAAACUAUAUAUAACGGUCAUAUGCUAGCUUAUAUAGUUUAUAUCCUAAACGGUUUUGUCCUUACCCAACGUAUAUUAAUAAGCACUGUCAUCUCUGCUCAUCUCCCCAACGCAAAAAAAAUACAUCUUGAAAAUAUCCUAAACUAAAUUGGAUGCCACUUUUGUUCGUCGCUAAUCAUUAAAAACUCUUGAGUCAGAUUUAAUGUUAUCUCACUCUCUUUAUGUAGACCUCAGUUAAAACAAUAAUUUUGAGUCAACGCGUAUCUGGUAGCACCAGAACAAAACUCUUUUAACCUCUGCACAUCCUCCAUAACUUGAAUGUGCUAGCAUAUGACCAGUUGUAACCCGUGGUUUGGGGGGCUGAUACGACUGCUUGCAGAGAAAAUUCUGAGUCCCAAGGAAAAUAAAAGAAGCAAACCAUAGUCACAUACCCGGUGAAUGUGGGGAUUGUGGUGGAAGAGAAAACGACACCUAUUACUAUCAAAAGAAUGCAGUUGUGAACAUGAUGGUUAGCUCUCUGACAUACGACGGGAAAGGCGUUUGUGAUGAAAUUACACGCAUGUUACUAUGAUAAAACUUUUGGCCAAUCGUGUACACUGACGCACGUGGCAUGUGUCUGAUAGCCAAUGGAUGUGUUCCAAACACAGCGUGCCCCUUGCAUAAUAAGUAACCGUCUUGUGCCUUGUUUAGCUUGUUCCAGCAUGUUACGGCAGUGUAAGGGAUAUUCAGAUAGGUCUUUGGGAACAAAGUCUUAUAAACUAAAUUAAAUGUGCCAUUUAAUCUUCAAAUAAAAAAAGGUCGAUCACAUGGAAAUUCUGCAACUAAGGCAUUACUGGUUGAACUGAUUACGAGAAUAAUGAAUUUUGUUUGGUGAGACCAUUGACCAGCAACACAUAGUUGAGAUUAUGGUUUGACCUUAAGACCACAGUUUAAAACAAAAUUGAAAUAUAGUAUUGGAAAACAUACCAUUCUUUAAAAGCAUUGUAUUGAGAGAUUGUUUUAAUGAUGUCAGAUGUCAGAGUAUGUAUUUUCAUAAGAUGAUGUUGCUCAGCGAUUUCACUAAAUAAGUCAUAUUGAUUUCACCAAUUUGUCGUCCACACAUAACAUACCGUGAUUUUCCCAAAAAGUUAACCCCAAAAUAUUUAUUAUUUGAUUCAAAUGUGUCUCUGUGUAAAAAUGAUGUAAACGAUAUGUAGAGACAAGAACAAAACUAGGAACUUUCCUAUCUGAGUACAAUAAACGUCACUGUAUCCUGAAAUUCUGUAUACGUAAAAGGUAGAAUUAAAAGCAAAUACUAAGUAAUGUCGUUUUUUGUAAACAUGAGUCGCAGCUACGCGCUAAUGACCACACGCCUAAUUCUCAAUUCCGUUAUGGUAUAAUAAUAGUUGCAUGACUGAGGAGAGUGAUUUAAUGGUUGUCCUGAAAUUAACUAACAUCCCUUGCCUUUCUUACUGUACACUGUGUAAUGGAUUUAUAGCAUUUAGUAUGAACUAAAUGAAUAAUGAAAAAUGAUACAUGAUAUCAAUUAACUU